ACCUCGGCCCGCCAACCUUGAAUCUGGAGAUACAACUGGAUUACAAACCUUGCACCUCGCAGCGGAAUUUCUUCGCCUCUUUCCCAUUCCUACCAGAACCCCUCCGUACUCUUCGCAAUCAUCUCGGCAUCAAGACAUCGUAGACGCCACGAAACACUGCUAGAGUUCAACCCCUGGCAUUCCGGGACAUUCUCGACUACCGAGCGGCUGGGAACGCAUGUCAGGUCCUAGACCCAGCACGCGGUCCACUCGGUCCAGGGUCGUUGGGGAUGUUGCCAAUCUCCCCAUCGCCUCUGUCGGGUCGGCUCUCGGCAAGGCUUCUUCAUCUUCAUCAACCUCGCCAUCACCAUCGCCGGCAGCAGGAGCUGAUGCCAAAAUCGAGGGCAGAGAGCCGAUCGGCUUGAGAGCGAGGAGAAGGAGUACGGUGAAUGAGCGAGUCGGGUCGAUGUCGCCAGCAGCUGGAAUGUCAAGCUCGAGUUCAAGUCCCACGACAACGGUGAAGGAGAAACGUCGGGUGGUCGAGGUCGUCAUUCCGGCUCACGAUCGUGCCCCGCUCACGUCUCCCGUCAAGGUCGAUGGUGGGAUUGGUUCCGGAGGCGAAAUCGAUGCCGGAGUUGGUGAUAGCGUUGAGGCCAUUGCAGUUGCCGGUCCGGGCCCACGGUCGAUGAGCUUGCGAGGCGGAGGAGGUCGACGGGCUUCAGUCUCUGGACUGCACGCGACCGUGGUGGAAUCUGUUCCGGUCGCUGGAGCAGGAUCAGGAUCGGCGACGAUAGCGACCCGGUCGUCAGCGAGAUUUAGAGAACAGGAGCAAGGACGCGCAAGUAUGGUGAAGCGAGAACCUCUUCCGAAAGUGGAUCUGGCUCAGGAGAAAGGUAAGAACGAGAAGAAGGUCAAGCAUGAGGUACCGAGUUCGGUCACUCAGGUCGAAUCGGCGAUAGCGGGACCGUCCAGGAUCAAGGCCGAGCCGCAACAGGAGAAGCAAGAUCAACCAGAACGGGUCAGGAAGGGCAGGGGCUGGAGGAAAGGAUGGGGCAAGUCGGAUACGAAGACCAAGAGUACAACCGAGACUCGGUCGGAGAUGGCCAGUCGGAGCGCAUCGGUGACUGCCUCAAUAUCGGCAGAUUCAGGGACGACGAACCUGGAAGUAGAAGAGCAAACUGGCGUGAGAGAAAAGCAGUCGUCGUCAACUCAGGACCCAGUGACUCCAGCGCCAACAAGAGAGAAUACUGCGAUCCAGACUUCGCCGAUCGCUCGAUCUGCGCCGACUUUGGCCUUUCCAAUAUCGACGACCGGUGAGAGGCAAUGCGACACGACUUUCCAGUCUAAGCCUGCACCAAGCGUGUCCGCGAGACCCUCGAGACAGUGGGUCGAGAGGGCUCGGGGCAAGAUCACGUCUCAAAGAACGAUUCAAGAAGGACCGACGGAACCUGCCAGUCCGACCUCUCACAGUCUCCGGAGCACCAAGGGACAGAAUCCUUGCACCAUUCCUUUCCCUCCGGCGGACGUCAUCGAGCCUGAUCAUGGCGGGAUCAUCACGGCGGAUGAGGAUGAAGAGGAGAACGGACAGAUUGUGCAGGACGACAUGAAGGACGACAAGCUUAUGGCCGUUUGUGCGGCUUUGGAGACGUUCGGAAAUAGGGCAUUGACGCCGACCGAGAUUGGGGAUAUUUGCGUGAACCAAGGGUGGAUCCGACCAAGCCCUGCUCUUGCUCCCCAAAACCUGGUGCAGAGCGCUAUUCGGGCUUAUGCUCGACGAUGCGCAGUACAUCAGCCCGAGCGAAUUAUGCUCAUCCGCAAACGUAUCCUUGCCGGUUACGCCUUGGAAUCUCGGCUUCUUCCUGCGCUCCAUCCAUCGGCGGCACGAGAUGGCCACAGGAGGAAGGGGACGGUGUAUUACCUCGAAGGACGGGUGGGAGGUCGCGAAUGGACGAGUCCGUUUGAUGACUUGCCAGAAGAUCAAGAAUCUGCGUCCGCCAUGAAUGUCGUCAAGCAGACAUCGCAUACGCAAGUCAAGAGAAAUGGCAGCGGUAGGCAAGCGAAACAGGUCAGAGCGUCUAGCAGGUCUGCUACGGAAGAUCCCAUGGAUGUGGUUGCGCAGGACGACACAAAUCCGGUCAAGCCGACAGGAUUGAAAAUUAAGAUCAAGCUUGGAGGCAUGGUCAGCGCAGUCGCAGAGACGGCACCUAUAAGACAGUCGGCGGACGCCAAUCCGGAAACGAUGAUGGACACGCCAAGCGAGUAUGAGACUACAAGCGACGAUGGCUCGGGAAGCGAGUCUAUCGAGGAAGACGAUGGCAACGAUCAGGAUAACGGCAUGUCCGGCACGUCGACCGACGAUGAUUCGGAGGAAGACAGUGAAGAGUUUGAUGAUUCUCGGGACGAGAACGGGCUACCUAUGACCGGAAGCAUCAAAGAUCUUGCCCGCUCCUUCUUCAUGGACAGUCCGCCCAUGGUACCGGUCGCCGAUUCGCCUAUCGCACAAGUCCGUUUCUCGCCCUUUGAGCCGAUCAUGGAGCCGGCCUUCCCCAGCAACCCCCUGGACGGCAUGUUUGAAGAUUCGGACUAUAUGCCUGCGCUAUCUCCGCCGGAUGCACAGUCGGGUUCUUCUUCCGAGGAUGAGGACGAGGUUGCAACCGAAUUCAUGGACACGCUCGAUCUCGACAGGCUCGGUUAUCGAAAGACCUCGAUCAAACGAGUCGGGUUCCACCCUAUGGCUUAUCGUGAUGUGCUUAGUCCUGGAGAUGCUGAAGGUAGCGAGAUUGAUACGCCCGCCACGACCCCCAGGACGUGUUAUGACGAGGACGAUGAAGCGGAACACAAGAAAGCUUUCAUGGCUCCCGUUUCGGGCAUGGGCUCGGAUGAGAUCCUGGAUGUCGACGAAGAAUUGCAGAAUGCUGUUCAUGUCUUGGGUCAACUGCUGCCCGAUCUGUCGGAUUCCAUCGACCAAUCGACCGAGAUCUCUACCACCAGGCAGGAGCUACAAGGGGUGGGAACGCAGGCCGAACAUGGCGAUACUGUCAUGACAUCAGCGACUGCUCCCGUCGCGCAAGCCAGCUCGAGCCAAGCCAUCACAUCGGUUCGACCUCGUCGCAAGAGCUCUGUAGGCGCACGCGACUUCAUGAGACUGUCGCUUCCACUUCCGGCUUGUCCAGCUCCAAGUCCUCUGAACUCGCCCACCUUCGCAGAUCGAGCCGGAUCCAGCACAGUAUCGAGCCGAGAGUAUCCUCUUGGGCAGAGCGAUCCGGAACGUGGGGGAUCGCCAACUGAUGGCGAAAACAUUGCAGGAACCAGCGACCUGGAGCUACUGCCUGAUCUUGGACGGCAACUGGCUAUCAGCGACUGCGAAUCGGCGUGCAUCUGUAGUCUUGAGACAGACGCCAACCUUGCAAUGGACGUCGAUUCCGCUCAUACCCCUAGGGAUUCUAUGCUGAUCCAUCAAGGUGGCGAUGAGCUUGACCAGGAUGUUGACCUGUCAAACGAACAUUUGUCUCGAUCGUGGGCAGACCUGUUGGGCCCCGAGAGUGUUGGCAUGGAGGAAUUGGACAAUGUGUGGGGCUUCAUGAACGCUGCGGUCACCGCUGCCGCUGUGGAUCAAGGCAAACGUAGGCGGCGGGGCGAGCCAGAUUGUCAGAGCAUUGCGUCAACCAAGAGCGAUUCUUCCGAUCGAACGCUGCAGCAAAAAGAUGUCUGGGGCAUUAUCGGGGUCGGCUCGACGCUUGAUACAAGCUCACGAGCGCGCCGUAUUGAGAAGGCCCGGUUUGCCCGCGCUCUCAUACGCGCCAAGGCGAUUGCGAGCAGCAACCCCUCGGGGUCUCCGUCGAAAUGUAGUGGUGGCGAGCGGCAAGAUCACCAAAUCCCAGACGACGCGAUUGGCAUGGAAGACGUGGCCGAUGCCAUCCUUUCUGCUUGGGCCGAUGGCGAGACGAUCUUGGAGGAUGUCUCGGAGCCUUCCAAUACUGAUUUCGCAAACCGGGACGAGGAACAUCUACUUGGUGCCAGUUUCCAGUACUCCGACCUGGACGAGCAUGCCAUGGGCGUCAGCCCUUCUGUUUUGACGAAGUCGACGGAUCCAGACGGCAUGCAAGAAGCUGUACUCCGUGGUGAUCGUGAUGUUAGGACACCUUCCGGAGUCGGAGUGGGCUCUGAGAGGUCCGACAUACAGGACGUCGCAGCGGUCACGGUGAAAGCAAAGAUGGAUACUGUCGUUGGAACUGAACCAAAACCCGGCGCAUCGACUUCAGCCCCGCUCGCGAAGCUGGCUUCUGCUCCGCCGCUCCAGACUCAGACGGGCUCCUCGACGACCUACGCCAAACUCCCAGCUAGACUACCAGCACCCCCGCGUCCUGCCGCUUCGACUCCUACUUUCGUGAACGCCAGCAAGCCGACGUACCCUCCUGUUCAAGCUCUGCUCAUCGACAGCGUAUCUGUCUUUGCCAUAUCGUGGAACGAAACAUUGAUCUACCGCCGCAUCGAAAGCGAUUAUGUCAACUUUUCCGCACUGCUUCGAGCUUUGAAGCACCCUUCGGUAAUGGAGGUCGAGCGAAGAGUCGGUCAACAUGCUACCAGCAUGAUCUUCCGGGAUUCCAAAUUCGCCGGCGUCGACGGAGUAUGGUUACCUCUAGACGUUGCAGAGGCCGAAGCCGCAACCAUCCAGGUGCCUUCGUCCCUGGCCUCAGCCUUGUUUCAAGAAGAUAUGGCCGGUCUCUUCCCCGAACCCCUGGCCAAAAUCAAAACCAUCUUGGGUGCACAGGGCGACGCACCCGUACAGAGGAAUGCGGUCUUCAAAGGUGGUCGUUAUUUCGGUAUACUGUUUGGAUGCAUGGGCGAUUCGCUCACCAAGGACAACCAAAACACAACUCUGACCCUAUCGUUACCGCUUCCUCUGGCCGACCCCAAAAUCUCGUCCUACGACUCCCCCCUUAUACCUUCGAAACGCCUCAAUACCGUGAUCACUGCCUCGAACUCUGAUGGCCCACCGAGCAAGCGACGAAAGCCGUCCAUUUCGACUGGAUCUGACCGUCGGCUGACGCGAGCGCAGAAACACAACUCAUGAUGAACCAGAAUAUUACGCCCUUUUACGAAAUAAUCAGCCCCGCACUGAGCAAGAAAGAAUGGCUAGCCACCGUUGUAUA